CAUGCUCGGAACUCUUACCAAGCGAGGUUUAUUUUACUUUAAUCCUCGCGUUGGCUGUACUGGAAAAUAAUAUCAUGAGUACAGAUACGCUACUGGAAAAAGACCGACCCGACUACGACACUGACGGCGUGUUAUGUUUCGUUGCUGUCGUUGAGCGCUUCGUGAAAUCCGCAACAGUUUUGGAAGAAACAGUUCUGUUUCCAAGCGUCUUGAUGGAUUUAUCUGUGAAUGCUCUUGAAGCAAAGAUAAAUCCGAAUGAAAUAUAUCUAUAUAAAGAAUUGGAUUUGAGGACAUUUUGCCGUAUGGUUAAGUCGUUGAGGAUUCAACUUUCGCAAGGAUGUAGUUUCAUCGAGGAAGGCUUGGAGGAAAAUAUGCAAAUAAGACACAAAGUGGAAGAACUGUGUUCACAAUUGAAGUCAUUAACCCAACAUGCUAAGUAUCUCAGGUAUGCUUCAGAGGUAAUAGCUUUGGCAAACAAACCAGUUUCUUUCCAAGAAUACACCGCACAAGCAUGUGAACACAUGCUGCUUUGCGAGGCUCACUCCACUUGUAACUUGCGUGACACUUUGAAAAUGUUUCUAAACGUGGUUGAAGAAAUGGAGAAGGAAACUUUGUUUCCUUGCCUUUUGAAAUCCUACAGAACACUUGAUUACGGUUGUAGCAUGAAAUCAGAACAGAAUUUAAAUGAUGUGUUUGUUAGGUUACUUCAAGCAAGAAGCGUGGUGCAGGUGCCUUCCUAUUGUGAGUAUUUUGAUGAUUCCGCUCUCUGUCAAACUGUGACCAAACUGAAAAACAUUUUCUAUUUCUAUGCCAUUAUGAUCGAAGAAAUUGUGGUCAUGUAUCGGGAAAAAGUCCACGAGGAUUAUUAAAAAAAGGCUAGAUUUUAUGCAUAGAAAGGAAAAGGGUCAUAUGAGAAGGAAACUGAGUUCAUGAGCCCACUCCCUGGGAGACACUCAAUCAAUUUUUUUUCGGGGUCUUGCUGAAUUUAGUACAGUUUCGUGUCUUGCAAGCCAUAAUGCCCUUCGCUUUGAUAGGGUGAGAACUUGAAAAUGCGCGCUGAAAAUGCGUGUC